GGCGGGGCCACUCUCGCUGAACUUCCUGCUCGCUCGCUCGUCUUUUCCUCGAGCCGCCGCCAUGUGCGAGGGGCUGCUCGCGCGUCUCAACGACCCGCAAUACGUCAACUGGCUGAAGGCGGGCAAGUGCCUGUACAUCGUCAAGGACGCCUUGCAUCCCUACGCCGAUGAGCGCGUGCGACUUUUCCACCGAGCUUUGCUCCGCGACGAGCCUCGUCUGCGGCGGCGAUGCCCGUGGGCGUGCCGGCCCGCCGACGUUAAGCUUUCCAGGGCCUGCGACUCGUGUUUGCACUGGAAGUCCGAGAUCGUCAAGCACCACAGGAGACCCGAGUCCGCCCUCCACUGGGACAACUGCGCUCCUUCUGCGUGGCCGACGCACCACUGGGAGCUGGCCAAGGCUUACAUGCCACGAGGUCAGGCCCGCGUGAAGGCGGCGCAUGACUGCGAUCCCGCCGCUCUGCUCAACCUCAUCAACUUCUGCGACUGUUUUGCCUCCGUGACCUCUAACCCGGCUUGCGUGACAGAGCUGCUCAGAUUUCGGAACGAGUUGAUGCAUUCUGCUAACCUGCACGUGAACGACACGUGGAUGGAGAAAUUCCAGCUGGCGCUGGCACGUUUCGUGCAGCUGUUCAGCCACGUACCCGACAUGGCGCUGGCGGAGGUGCGGCUAACUCGGAUGCUAGCAGUUGAUUUGUCAAUAUGUGCGACCGACGCCGUGGAUUAUACUGGCGUGGCGUUAGCUGCGGAUUCAGAGGAUUACGAGAUCUGGCCCCAACUAAUCGCCCAAUGGGAGGCGGCCUUACUACAAGAGAGGCUGCGGGAGUUGCGGCGUUCGGCUGAAGACGAAACCAUGGACAGCGAGCAGCUGAUGAUGCUGAAGGGUUUCCUGCAGGAGAACAAAGAUCUCAGCGCCAAGUUUUCUGCCGAGCUGCCGUCCGUCGGCACGUCGGCGGCCGGACGGAGUCAGAGCUGACGCGCGGUCGGCGGCUGAUUGGGCGAUUGUCUACGAUCUCGCCAAUAAAACUGGAGGAAAACAAAAUCCAUUUCACAAAGGUUACAUUUUUUUCGAGUGGCAGCUGAACAGCCCUUGUUGAAUUCUUCGAUGUGUCAGCGAUUGCGCGUGCGUAGACGUCCUUACGUCGAAUGUGUUGUUUCCGUCCAGGAAAUAUUUGUACUUUAAUGGGGGGAGAGGAAUCGUGGGAAACAGAACCUUCAUCACCCUAAAAAACAAACACAGAAAAAAGUCUUUUGUUUUUCUCCUUUCUUUUCAAACAAGUACUCAAGUACUCAAACAAGAGGUGCAUCCUGUCAUACAUUGCUGUAAAAAAUACUUUUUAUUUUGAUUUCACUUAAAUGUUUCAGAUCAUCAAACCAAUUUGCAUACCAGAGAAAGAUAACACAAGUAAAUAUAAGAUACAGUUUGUUGUUAUUUGUUAAGGGGGAAGAAAAUCCAAACCUAUUUGUCCCUACGCAAGAAAGCAAUUGGCCCUUGAACCAAAGACCCGGUUGUGCCGCCCUUGGUUGUAAUAGCUGAAAUCAACCCCCCCGCCCCCCCCAUUCUGAGGUAGACCUGCUCGUUUGUUUCGGGUCGUCGUCCUGCCGCAACCGAUGGCCGGACGUUUGCCUGCAUGAUUUUCUAGUAGGCGGCAACAUUCGUUGCUCUAUUAAUCACGGCAAGUCGUCCAGGUCCCGAAGUAACAAAGCCGCCGCCGUGUUCGACUGUUGGCAUGAUGUUCUUUUGAUCGGAUGUUGUGUUAUUUUCAUGCUUCAGAUGGAACAGGCCUCACUUCUAAAAAUGUGAACGUUUGUCUACUUUGAUCCGCAGAAUAUUUCUUCAGAAGUCAUCCGGAUCUUCCAUAUGUUUCUUGCUGUUUUGCCUUUGUGUUCUUUUUUGUUAGUACU